AUGUGUGGCUGCACACUAUACGACUCCCCAACAUGUGGCCACUCCUGGAUCUCCAUGAGCCAGCCCUGCGGUUUUCUCUCCGACCUUCUCAACUGCCCCUACCGCCAGACAUACCAGACCUUGAUCGCUCCACCCUACUCAUGCCCAACCUGCCACCGAGGCUUUGCGGACCGCGAAACCAUUGAAAUGGUUCAAGGUCCCUGGGGCUGCAACCAGCUCAUACGGAGUCAUGUCGGUGGCAACCAUGCGAUUCCGGGACAGUGGGGGCAUGUGCCUAUGAUGGGUGGUGGUUGGGGUGGUGCGCUGGCGAUGACACCGGGUAUGAUGGAGCCUAUGAAUGGUGGUGCUAUGGUUCCUAUGCAUGGUGGUGCUAUGAUUCCUAUGAAUGGCCAUCGCUACGAUCAUCGAUUGACUGGGCCAUAUCCUCCGCUGCCGCCUAUGAUGCAUGAUCGACCGAUGAUCUGCGAUGGCUACGACAACUUCGAUGAUGGAUUCACUUAUGAUAUGGAUUUUGGUCUUGGUAGAAGGAGGAAGCACAGGAGCUCGAAGUACGAGUACCGUUGGUCGAGCAAGCCGGAUACGAGCUGUAGUGUCAUAGCAUUUAAAGACAAGGAUGGACUACUCCUUGGUCACGACUUCCUAAAGCGCCAUUAG